AAUGAGCCAGGCUGAAAAUAACCUUUCAUCAAUACAACACUAACCCUCAACUCUAACGGAGAGGACGGGCCGUGCCCAGAUUAGGCCCAGGAUGGGGGGGGGGGGUAAGGGCUCUCUACAGACCCAGGCGGCACCGCCCUCUCAGAGGCCACCCUAACCUACACCCCCCCCCCCACCUCCUCCUUCGCUCACGGACCUGCAUCUGCUUACUGCUUGUGAACCUCUAUCGUCAUGACGUACUCUGAGACAGCAACAGUAGUCUCUAGUGGGGGAACGGGGAGAGCUGGAGCUAGGUCUGGGGAUAAAAUAAAUAAAUAAACAUACUAAAGUUUCUUCAUGCUGUGUCCAAGUUCAAGGAAACGUCUUGUACUAACGAUGUGGUGCAAAGCCAGGACUACAUGGAAGACAGUGUUAUUCUUAGUGACGGUAUGGUUCUCUGUAGACUUUGACAAUAACGAUGAUCAAGCGACUAGCAAUACAUGGUUACUGUACUGUAAACCUGGUGUGUAUCUGUUGGGCGUUCCACUCACUUCUCUCUCUCUCUCUGUGUUUCACUGGGUCUGUAGAGGAAAAGACAAUAUCAUCAUUUUAUUUCACAUGAUCCUGUAAUCAAAUGUGUAUAUACUGAGUGUACAAAACAUUAGGAACACCUUCCCAAUAUUGAGUUGCGCCCCCUUUAGCCUCAAAUCGUCAGGGCAUGGGACUCUACAAGGUGUCAAAAGCGUUCCACAGGGAUGCUGGUCCAUGUUGACUCCAAUGCUUCCCACAGUUGUGUCAAGUUGGCUGGAUGUCCUUUGGGUGGUGGACUAUUGUUGAUACACACGGGAAACUGUUGAGUGUGUAAAACCCAGCAGCGUUGCAGUUCUUGACACAAACCGGUGCGUCUGGCACCUAAAACAUACCCCGUUUAAAGGCACUUAAAUAAUUUGUCUUGCCCAUUCACCCUCUGAAUGACACACAUACGCAAUCCAUGUCUCAAUUGUCUCAAGGCUUAAAAAUCCGUAUUUAACCUGUCUCCUCCUCUUCAUCUACACUGAUUAAAGUGGAUUUAACAAGUGGCAUCCAUAAGGGAUCAUAUCAUUCACCUGGAUUCACCUGGUCAGUCUAUGUCAGAGGUAUUCAACUCUACGAGGUCCAGAGUCUGCUGGUUUUCUGCUCGACCUGAUAAUUAAUUACACACACCUGGUGUCCCAUGUCUAAAUCAGGCCCCCGUGUCCCAUGUCUAAAUCAGGCACCGGUGACCCAUGUCUAAAUCAGGCACCGGUGACCCAUGUCUAAAUCAGGCACCGGUGACCCAUGUCUAAAUCAGGCCCCGGUGACCCAUGUCUAAAUCAGGCCCCGGUGUCCCAUGGCUAAAUCAGGCCCCGGUGUCCCAUGGCUAAAUCAGGCCCCGGUGUCCCAUGGCUAAAUCAGGCCCCGGUGUCCCAUGGCUAAAUCAGGCCCCGGUGUCCCAUGUCUAAAUCAGGCCCCGGUAUCCCAUGGCUAAAUCAGGCCCCGGUGUCCCAUGGCUAAAUCAGGCCCCGGUGUCCCAUGUCUAAAUCAGGCCCCGGUGUCCCAUGUCUAAAUCAGGCCCCGGUGUCCCAUGUCUAAAUCAGGCCCCGGUGUCCCAUGGCUAAAUCAGGCCCCGGUGUCCCAUGUCUAAAUCAGGCCCCGGUGUCCCAUGGCUAAAUCAGGCCCCGGUGUCCCAUGUCUAAAUCAGGCCCCGGUGUCCCAUGUCUAAAUCAGGCCCCCGUGUCCCAUGGCUAAAUCAGGCCCCGGUGUCCCAUGGCUAAAUCAGGCCCCCGUGUCCCAUGGCUAAAUCAGGCCCCCGUGUCCUAUGUCUAAAUCAGGCCCCCGUGUCCCAUGUCUAAAUCAGGCACCGGUGACCCAUGUCUAAAUCAGGCCCCCGUGUCCCAUGUCUAAAUCAGGCACCGGUGUCCCAUGUCUAAAUCAGGCCCGGAUUCAAACUGACUUCCAGAGUUGAGUUGGAGGGUUCUAUGUCAUGGAAAGAGCAGGUGUUCUUAAUGUUUUGUACACCCAGUCUAGAUCUAGAUUUUCAGUUUCCAUUUAUUUCUGUUUAAGUGUUCUGAUGACUUAACCUGUAUGUAUGGAGUGCUCUGCUUCUUUAAUUUACUGAUGAUAACCUUGAUGUGCUGCUCUCUCUCUCUCUCUCCCUCUCUACCUCUCUCUCUCCCUCUCCACCUCUCUCUCCCUCUCCACCUCUCCCUCUCCAUCUCUCUCUCCCUCUCCACCUCUCUCUCUCCCCCUCCCUCUCCCUCUCUCUCUCUCCCCCUCCCUCUCUCUCUCUCUCUCCCUCUCCCCCUCUCCCUCUCUAUCUCCCGCUCUCUCUCCCUCUCCACCUCUCUCUCUCCCUCUCCACCUCUCUCUCCCUCUCCACCUCUCCCUCUCCACCUCUCUCUCCCUCUCCACCUCUCUCUCUCCCUCUCUCUCUCCCCCUCCCUCUCCCUCUCUCUCCCCCUCCCUCUCCCUCUCUCUCUCUCCCCCUCCCUCUCUCUCUCUCUCUCCCUCUCCCCCUCUCCCUCUCUCUCUCCCGCUCUCUCUCUCUCUCCCUCCCUCUCUCCAAAUGGUGGAGGGUAAUGGUAGAAGAGAUCACAUGCUUCUAUCUAUCUUUAUGACUUUGAUAUGGAUUCCUGUUUUUAUUUGACCUACAUAUGCAGUAUUGACUUAGAUUCAUACCUUUCCUACAUUGUAUUAAAUGUGUAAAACCUUUCUCUAACCUUUAUAAAAACAAGUAGGCUUGUUGAUAGGAUGUCAUGGCAGAGCCGGGCCCUGUCCCGGGUCGUGGUUCAUUAGCAGAUGGCCCACGUAGUAAGACUGCCCUGUCCCGGGUCGUGGUUCAUUAGCAGAUGGCUCACAUAGUAAGACUGCCCUGUCCCGGGUCGUGGUUCAUUAGCAGAUGGCCCACGUAGUAAGACUGCCCUGUCCCGGGUCGUGGUUCAUUAGCAGAUGGCCCACGUAGUAAGACUGCCCUGUCCCGGGUCGUGGUUCAUUAGCAGAUGGCCCACGUAGUAAGACUGCCCUAUCCCGGGUCGUGGUUCAUUAGCAGAUGGCCCACGUAGUAAGACUGCCCUGUCCCGGGUCGUGGUUCAUUAGCAGAUGGCUCACGUAGUAAGACUGCCCUGUCCCGGGUCGUGGUUCAUUAGCAGAUGGCCCACGUAGUAAGACUGCCCUGUCCCGGGUUGUGGUUCAUUAGCAGAUGGCCCACGUAGUAAGACUGCCCUGUCCUGGGUCGUGGUUCAUUAGCAGAUGGCCCACGUAGUAAGACUGCCCUGUCCCGGGUCGUGGUUCAUUAGCAGAUGGCCCACGUAGUAAGACUGCCCUGUCCCGGGUCGUGGUUCAUUAGCAGAUGGCCCACGUAGUAAGACUGCCCUGUCCCGGGUCGUGGUUCAUUAGCAGAUGGCCCACGUAGUAAGUUUGCCCUGUCCCGGGUCGUGGUUCAUUAGCAGAUGGCCCACGUAGUAAGACUGCCCUGUCCCGGGUCGUGGUUCAUUAGCAGAUGGCCCACGUAGUAAGACUGCCCUGUCCCGGGUCGUGGUUCAUUAGCAGAUGGCCCACGUAGUAAGUUUGCCCUGUCCCGGGUCGUGGUUCAUUAGCAGAUGGCCCACGUAGUAAGACUGCCCUGUCCCGGGUCGUGGUUCAUUAGCAGAUGGCCCACGUAGUAAGACUGCCCUGUCCCGGGUCGUGGUUCAUUAGCAGAUGGCCCACGUAGUAAGACUGCCCUGUCCCGGGUCGUGGUUCAUUAGCAGAUGGCCCACGUAGUAAGACUGCCCUGUCCCGGGUCGUGGUUCAUUAGCAGAUGGCCCACGUAGUAAGACUGCCCUGUCCCGGGUCGUGGUUCAUUAGCAGAUGGCCCACGUAGUAAGACUGCCCUGUCCCGGGUCGUGGUUCAUUAGCAGAUGGCCCACGUAGUAAGACUGCCCUGUCCCGGGUCGUGGUUCAUUAGCAGAUGGCCCACGUAGUAAGACUGCCCUGUCCCGGGUCGUGGUUCAUUAGCAGAUGGCCCACGUAGUAAGACUGCCCUGUCCCGGGUCGUGGUUCAUUAGCAGAUGGCCCACGUAGUAAGACGGCCCUGUCUCGGGUCGUGGUUCAUUAGGCACCAAAUGGAAGAAAACGGACUGAACCAGGGAUGUUCUACCUCCACCUGUCCAGUAUGAAACACUCAUUUUAGUACAGUGUGCCCAAAUGUUUUAAUUUAACCUUUUAUUUAACUAAGCAAGAACAAAUUCUUAUUUACAAUGACGGCCUACCCCGGUCAAACCCGGGAUAGCCCGGACGACGCUGGGCCGGGAUCGAACCCGGGUCUGUAGUGAUGCCUCUCUAGACCGCUGCGGCCACUAAUGAACACGACCCAGAAGUGGCACCAAUGGACAGAUGGGUAGAAAGUCGGAUCUUUCCUAUCGUGUUAUACCAUGAACAUGUUGUGGGAGUGCUUUUGCCUCAAGUGUAAAAACCAAACCGGUGUGAGUAUCAGACCGUAGUAAAUCUAGACUUAUUGACCCGUUGCUGAUACUGUGGUUUUUUCAGUUUAUAACAAAAAAAAAGAUGUGUCCAUGUUAUUAUGUAACUGAUGAACUGUGUAUGACUCUUACUACGUGUGUGUAAUACUGGUCUCCUGACAUGCGGUGGUGUGAUUGGUAGGGGAACUGUGUCUCUUAACUCUCCGGUUAUUGGUUUUUUGCAUGUCUCCUUGAUUAACAUAGAGCUACUGGCUGCAUCCCUAAUGGUACCCUAUUCCCCUAUGGGCCCUUGUCAAAAGUAGUGCACUAUAUAGGGAAUAGGGCUCUGGUCUAUAGUAGUACACUAUAUAGGGAAUAGGGCCCUGGUCUAAAGUAGUACACUAUAUAGGGAAUAGGGCUCUGGUCUAAAGUAGUGCACUAUAUAGGGAAUAGGGCUCUGGUCUAUAGUAGUACACUAUAUAGGGAAUAGGGCCCUGGUCUAAAGUAGUGCACUAUAUAGGGAAUAGGGCCCUGGUCUAUAGUAGUACACUAUAUAGGGAAUAGGGCUCUGGUCUAAAGUAGUGCACUAUAUAGGGAAUAGGGCUCUGGUCUAUAGUAGUACACUAUAUAGGGAAUAGGGCCCUGGUCUAAAGUAGUACACUAUAUAGGGAAUAGGGCCCUGGUCUAAAGUAGUACACUAUAUAGGGAAUAGGGCCCUGGUCUAAAGUAGUGCACUAUAUAGGGAAUAGGGCUCUGGUCUAAAGUAGUGCACUAUAUAGGGAAUAGGGUGCCUAUUGGGACACGAUAAUAGUUUCAAAACCACUUGCCAUUAACCAGAACCGAGUAGCACGGGAAAUAAAAUAUGGAAACAUUUUACUCAGUAGAUAUGAGGCUUUAGAAGUUGUUAUAAGCACCUAUGAGCCUUUAUAAUGUUUUUAUAAGUCGGGAUAAUAUUUUAUGUCUCUCCAUGUCAACUGACUCCCAAUGGCUCGUAUUUCAUCCUGGCUGUUAUGAGAUGAUAAGGCAUGAAUAAGGUCCUACUUGCUUAUGACAAGGCUUACAAUGCAUUAUAACCUCAGGCUAGAAGUAAUGUUGAACUAAAGUUACAACUGGUCCCAGAUCGGUUAGUCUCCUAGCCUGGUCCCAGAUCGGUUAGUCUCCUAGCCUGGUCCCAGAUCGGUUAGUCUCCUAGCCUGGUCCCAGAUCGGUUAGUCUCCUAGCCUGGUCCCAGAUCGGUUAGUCUCCUAGCCUGGUCCCAGAUCGGUUAGUCUCCUAGCCUGGUCCCAGAUCGGUUAGUCUCCUAGCCUGGUCCCAGAUCGGUUAGUCUCCUAGCCUGGUCCCAGAUCGGUUAGUCUCCUAGCCUGGUCCCAGAUCGGUUAGUCUCCUAGCCUGGUCCCAGAUCGGUUAGUCUCCUAGCCUGGUCCCAGAUCGGUUAGUCUCCUAGCCUGGUCCCAGAUCGGUUAGUCUCCUAGCCUGGUCCCAGAUCGGUUAGUCUCCUAGCCUGGUCCCAGAUCGGUUAGUCUCCUAGCCUGGUCCCAGAUCGGUUAGUCUCCUAGCCUGGUCCCAGAUCGGUUAGUCUCCUAGCCUAGUCCCAGAUCGGUUAGUCUCCUAGCCUGGUCCCAGAUCGGUUAGUCUCCUAGCCUGGUCCCAGAUCGGUUAGUCUCCUAGCCUGGUCCCAGAUCGGUUAGUCUCCUAGCCUGGUCCCAGAUCGGUUAGUCUCCUAGCCUGGUCCCAGAUCGGUUAGUCUCCUAGCCUGGUCCCAGAUCGGUUAGUCUCCUAGCCUGGUCCCAGAUCGGUUAGUCUCCUAGCCUGGUCCCAGAUCGGUUAGUCUCCUAGCCUGGUCCCAGAUCGGUUAGUCUCCUAGCCUGGUCCCAGAUCGGUUAGUCUCCUAGCCUGGUCCCAGAUCGGUUAGUCUCCUAGCCUGGUCCCAGAUCGGUUAGUCUCCUAGCCUGGUCCCAGAUCGGUUAGUCUCCUAGCCUGGUCCCAGAUCGGUUAGUCUCCUAGCCUGGUCCCAGAUCGGUUAGUCUCCUAGCCUGGUCCCAGAUCGGUUAGUCUCCUAGCCUGGUCCCAGAUCGGUUAGUCUCCUAGCCUGGUCCCAGAUCGGUUAGUCUCCUAGCCUGGUCCCAGAUCAGUGUGUGCUGUCUUGACAAGUGAUCUGGGACCAGGCUAAUGUUCUACACAGGACAAUAAACCUCUAGCAUAGUUACACCAGACUGAAUGUUUCAAACAAUAGUGAGCGUAGCGUUCAAUCUGGUUUUCCUAAAAAACCUCUAGUAGAAAACAAAACGUUUUUUUUUUGUUGAAAGAACUGAGGCUUUUUCAGUCAGAACUUAAUCGCCAGGUUUUAUGGUCGCUGUAUUUUUUUAUUCAUAGGAAGACGUAUUUUACAUUAAAAAUAAAGUCGAAAAUAACCUUUCCAUUUUGCCAAGUUUUAUAUUGCUGCUUGUAUAAUAUGUACACACUGUGUGGGAGAAACAAACAGUGAAGGAGGAAAUUAGUGGUCAUAGUUACCUGUCCGUUUGAAACUUGUUGAUAAAAUGUGCUUCCUACGCUGUGACAUGUACAGCUGUUAACCAUGUUGUCAUAAAGCUUGUAUAAAACACC